CUCUCUCUCCACCAGCUCUAUUUAUAGAUACAAAUACGAUCAAAUCCAAACAAACAUUUCUCUUAUUUCCACAGCCAAAUAAAAGUAACUGAUUAAUACAGAAAUAAUGAAAAGUAAUUGUCUCUUUUUACUGUUGCUCGUUACUUCGGCCUACAUUGGAGUUUACGCCAAGAACCACUCCUCAAGACCUAAAUUAAGAAGAAGUGAUUUCCCAGAAGAUUUCAUUUUUGGAUCUGCUACUUCUGCAUAUCAGUGCGAAGGUGCUGCUCAUGAAGAUGGUAGAGGACCAAGUAUCUGGGACACCUUCUCUGAAAAUUUCCCAGAGAAGAUAAGGGAUGGUAGUAAUGGGUCCAUUGCUGAUGAUUCUUACAACCUUUACAAGCAAGAUGUGAAUAUGCUGCAUCAAAUUGGCUUCAAUGCUUACCGUUUCUCCAUCUCAUGGUCACGGAUUUUGCCUCGUGGAGAUCUAAAGGGAGGUAUCAACCAGGCUGGAAUUGAUUUUUACAACAACUUGAUUAAUCAACUCCUGUCUAAAGGAGUGAAGCCAUUUGUCACAAUCUUUCACUGGGACUUACCAGAUGCACUCGAGCAAGCUUAUGGGGGCUUCCUUGGAGCAGAGAUUGUGAAUGAUUUCAAGGACUAUGCGGAACUCUGUUUCCAGAAGUUUGGAGAUAGAGUGAAGCAGUGGACGACACUGAACGAGCCGUUUACAGUGGUACAUGAAGGCUAUAUAACAGGUGAAAAGGCACCUGGAAGAUGCUCCAGUUUCACUAGACCUGAUUGCACCGGCGGCGAUGGAGCCACCGAGCCUUACAUCGCGACUCAAAAAGGCGAAAUUGGUAUCGCCUUAAACACACAAUGGCACUACCCUUACUCGGAUUCACAGGCUGAUCAAUUAGCUGCGGCUCGAGCCACGGCGUUCACCUUCGACUACUUCAUGUCGCCAAUCGUCAACGGUAAAUAUCCGGCAGAAAUGGUUAACCACGUCAAAGACGGUCGUCUUCCUACAUUCACAGCAGAAGAGUCCUCAAUGCUCAAAGGAUCCUACGACUUCGUGGGCAUUAACUAUUACUCAUCUUCUUACGUGAAAGACACGCCGUGUGCAACUGAAAACAUCACCAUGACCGCCGAUUUUUGCGCCAGCGUCGUAGGUGAGCGAAAUGGAGUGCCUAUCGGUCCAACGGCUGGAUCGGAUUGGCUUUUGAUAUAUCCUCCGGGUAUUCGUGAUCUUCUACUUCAUGCAAAAUACAAAUUCAAUGAUCCCGUCUUGUACAUAACAGAAAACGGAGUGGAUGAAGCUAAUAUUGGAGAAAUCGUUCUUAACGACGACUUGAGAAUUGACUACUAUGCAGAUCAUCUUAAGAUGGUUAGCGAUGCAAUCUCGAUGGGUGUGAAUGUGAAAGGGUAUUUUGCGUGGUCGUUGAUGGACAACUUCGAAUGGGCCGAAGGGUAUACGGUCAGGUUCGGGCUAGUGUUUGUGGACUUUGCAAAUGGACGUAAGAGGUACCCGAAGAAAUCAGCUAAGUGGUUUAGGAGAUUGUUGAAGGGAGAGGUCAAUAGGACGAUGCAGCAAGUGGCUGUUAUCUAAUUUUAUUAAUCAUGAGCCAUUGGUUAAUUUGUUCUACUAUUUUUAUAAUACGUUUCGUUUUUUUUUUUUUUUGAUGUACAGAGAACAGAAUUUUAAAAUAUGACGUGGUUUUGUUGGAUGUUAUUCUAAAUAAUAUUGCAAAAUAUUGUAAUAAUGGGUAUUCAGUUACUUUCCAGAAAAAAAAAGCAUUAAUCUCAUAUUUUUAGUCUCUAAAA